AUGGCUUUAGCGCUGAAACCUGAACAUUUAAAAGAGAUGGGAUGCACUGAAGGAUUUAGCAUCGCUUGCCACUACUAUGCAUCGUGCCCCCAGGCAGAGCUCACCUUGGGAGCUACCAAACACUCUGAUCCUUCUUUCAUGACCAAAUCGUUGGUUAUAUCGAACAACAAGUUUAAAAGUUUUGACCACAGAAUCGUCGCCAAUGGAUUUGUUCCGAGGAUUUUUGUGGCAUGCUUUUUCACUGGACAUGCUACUGGAACCCCAAAGCUCUAUGGACCAAUUAAAGAGUUGACAUCAGAAGAAAAACCACCUGUUUACAGGGAUUUUCUUAUUUAUGAAUAUUUGAACUCAUAUUUUGCUAGGAAAGUUGGUGAUAAGUCUCAGCUUUAUCAGUUCAAGCUGUGA